AUGGACGAUCUCUACGAUGAGUUCGGUAACUACAUUGGCGAAGGUGGACUGUCAGAGGAAUCAGAGGCCGGAGAUGUUCCUGCAAGUGGCUAUGUCUACGAAGAUCUGGAAGAAGAGGAGGAGGCUGCCGAGGCUGAGGCAGCAGACCAGUUGAUGGAGGUUGAUGAAGGUCCAUCGAAUGCGGUUGUUUUGCACGAAGAUAAACAAUAUUACCCCAGUGCUCAGCAAGUAUAUGGAGCCGAAGUCGAGACCCUGGUACAAGAAGAAGACGCGCAACCACUUACGGAACCAAUCAUCAAUCCAGUGACGCAGAAGAAGUUCUCAUUACAGGAAGCCGAUCUUCCUCCCGUUUUUUAUUCGAGAGAGUUUAUGGCAGAUUUGCUCAAUUAUCCAGACCAAAUUAGGAAUGUUGCGAUUGCAGGCCAUUUACAUCAUGGGAAAACUGCGUUUAUGGACAUGUUGGUCAUGCAGACACACGACAUCAACGAGAGACUGGAAAAACGCACCGGAAGAAAGCGAGACGAACAGCUGCGGUAUACGGAUGUGCAUUUCCUCGAACGCGAACGGCAGCUAUCUAUCAAAUCCGCGCCAAUGUCUCUCGUCUUACAAGGAACGAAGGGGAAAUCGUAUCUGUUCAAUAUCCUGGACACGCCAGGCCAUGUCAAUUUUGUCGACGAGGUCGCAGCCUCUUUGCGCUUGGCGGAUGGUGUCGUGCUAGUUGUGGAUGUAGUCGAGGGCGUUCAGGCAAAUACUGAACAAAUCAUCAAAUAUGCCGUUCUGGAAGAUCUGCCAAUGACCCUGGUGGUCAACAAGGUCGACCGAUUAAUCCUCGAGCUGAAAUUGCCACCGAAUGAUGCGUAUUUCAAACUGAAACACACCAUUGAGCAAGUCAAUUCCAUCAUUGAGAAUGUCAUUCCGGGAAGAGGUGAGAGCCGACGAUUAAGUCCGGAGAAAGGAAACGUCGCAUUCGCAUGCAGCUCGAUGAACUGGUGCUUUACCCUGGAAUCGUUUGCCAAAAUGUACGCUGAGCGUCAUUCUAAACUCGACAGUGCAGAGUUUGCAAAGAGAUUAUGGGGAGACAUCUUCUAUAACCCUCGAAGCCGCAAAUUUACGCGAAAGGGAGUUGAGGAAGGAUCUAAGCGAUCAUUUGUCAACUUCAUUCUUGAGCCUGUUUACAAACUCUAUUCACACACAAUAAGUGAAAGUCCAGAAGACUUGAAAGAAACGUUAGCGAGCUUGAACAUAUACCUAAAACCAUCUCAGCUCAAAUUGGAUGCAAAAGUGCUUCUGAAUCUAGUCUGUGAGCAAUUCUUCGGCCCGGCUACUGGAUUCGUUGAUAUGUGCGUACAGCAUAUACCAUCUGCUGUAGAGGGAGCAUCACGGAAAUUGGAGCGAUACUAUACCGGACCUUUGGAUACACACGUUGCACAGUCGAUGUUGAAAUGCGAUUCGGAGGGGCCACUGGUAAUUCAUGUGACCAAGCUGUUCAAUAGCUCUGAUGCUUCGAAAUUCGAUGCCUUUGGGAGAGUAAUGAGCGGUGUUGCCCGUCCCGGACAGCCGGUUAGGGUCCUUGGCGAAGGCUAUUCGGUUGAUGACGAGGAGGACAUGGUUAAUGCAACCAUAUCUGAUACAUGGAUUGCCAAUUCUCGGUAUAACGUUCCUACGGAUGGUGUCCCUGCGGGUAAUUGGGUAUUGCUAGGUGGUGUAGACAAUUCGAUUAUGAAGACCGCUACGCUUGUUGCGCCCAAAUUGGAGAAUGAUGAGGACGCUUAUAUUUUCAAACCACUUCGUCAUAUGACUGAAUCUGUAUUCAAGGUCGCCGUUGAGCCUAUCAACCCAUCGGAGUUGCCCAAGAUGUUGGAUGGACUUCGGAAAAUCAACAAGAGUUACCCAUUGAUAUUCACCAAGGUAGAAGAAUCGGGCGAACAUGUCAUUUUGGGGACUGGCGAGCUUUACAUGGAUUGUGUGCUUCAUGAUCUGCGCAGACUCUAUGCAGAGAUGGAGUUAAAGGUUUCCGAUCCUGUUACCAGAUUUUGUGAGACUGUGGUGGAAACUUCUGCAAUCAUGUGCUACUCCAUUACACCGAAUAAGAAGAACAAGGUGACCAUGAUUGCCGAGCCGUUAGACGAUGGUAUCGCAGAAGAUAUUGAGAGCGGCCGCGUCCACAUCAAGGACCCUAUCCGAAAAGUGGCCAAGUUCUUUGAGGAGAAAUAUGAGUGGGAUAAACUAGCAGCACGCAGUAUCUGGGCAUUUGGACCGGAAGAAAACGGGCCUAAUAUAUUGCAGGACGAUACGCUUCCGUCACAAGUUGACAAGAAGCUACUUGGAACUGUUCGUGAUUCUAUCGUUCAAGGCUUCAGCUGGGGAACGAGAGAGGGUCCAUUAUGUGAAGAACCUAUUCGAAAUACCAAGUUCAGACUUACAGACAUCUCCCUCGCCGAUCAGGCCAUAUACCGUGGCGGAGGACAAAUCAUCCCCACCACCCGUCGCGCAAUCUACUCGUCCUUCCUCAUGGCAUCGCCCCGGUUAAUGGAACCCGUAUAUGCAUGCGAAAUGCUGGGUCCGGCCGACGCAGUCGCCUCUGUAUACACAGUCUUGUCACGACGACGAGGCCACGUCCUAUCCGACGGUCCCGUAGCAGGUACACCACUCUACUCGGUCCGCGGUCUCAUACCGGUGAUCGACUCCUUUGGAUUCGAGACGGAUCUCCGCAUCCACACCCAAGGACAAGCGACGGUCAGCCUGGUCUUUGAUAAAUGGAGUGUUGUCCCCGGUGAUCCACUUGAUCGCGAAGUGAAGCUUCGACCGCUGGAAAUGGCGAGUGCGCAGGCUAUUGCUAGAGAUUUUGUGCUCAAGACUAGAAGGCGGAAAGGGUUGGCGGAGGAUGUGACGGUUAGUAAGUUUCUGGAACCUGAGUUGUGGCGGGGACUUAAGGAUAGUGGUGUACUCGAGGGGUAGUCUAAAAGCAUCCAGGAAAUGAUAUCAAAUGGAAAUGUAUGAUGAGAUUAGUUGGCGUAGGUCGGGCCUGGUCAUCAAUGCAUUUAUGUCAUCAUCAAUCUAUAUAUAAAUACAAUUAGUGUCUAUAAAAAUUAGCUAAGCGCAAGUCUCCAACAUCUUCCCAAUAACCCCCAUAAGCGUCCCGUUCUCCAAGGCCGCCGCAACCCUUUCCUUAUCCGCCAGUUGCUUAUUCACCUCCUCUGCGGUACUAUGCGUACCUUCUUUAAUGCGCACAUCAACUCUGAACCUAGACGGUAGCGACUGUUCAAGACGGACUCGAACACCGAGACCGAUCACGGUGGCCAAACUGCAGUGUGUGAUUGUCGGGGUGAUUAGCACGGUGACGGUGCGGAGGGGCGAGGAAGGGUUUCGGGGUAAGGAGGGUGUUAUGGAGAUAUCUGGCAGGGAGACGACGGCGAGUGAGCCGAGUGAUAUUGGGUGUUCGGGGUCGGAGAUUGUUGAGACGAGGUC